GGCGGCGGCGGCAAAGGGGGCGGAGAGGAGGAGCGCGGCGGGACGGGGUCCGGACCGUGCGUACUUCGGAGGUGGGGUAUAUUCCGCGUCGGCGGUAGUAUUAGCUGCCGCUGCAGCUAACGCAGCAGGUCAGUCAUCGACACCAUGAACUGGAAUAAAGGUGGCCCUGGCACGAAGAGGGGGUUUGGCUUUGGUGGGUUUGCCAUUAGUGCUGGAAAGAAGGAAGAACCCAAGCUUCCACAGCAGUCUCACAGUGCCUUUGGGGCAUCUGGUUCUACUUCAGGAUUUGGAAAGUCUUCUCUACCGCAGCUCCCUUCUUUCUACAAAAUUGGAUCUAAGAGGGCCAACUUUGAUGAAGAAAAUGCAUAUUUUGAAGAUGAAGAAGAAGACUCUAGCAAUGUUGAUUUGCCUUACAUUCCUGCUGAAAACUCACCCACCCGCCAGCAAUUCCAUUCUAAGCCUGCAGAUUCUGACAGUGAUGAUGACCCUUUGGAGGCAUUCAUGGCUGAAGUGGAGGAUCAGGCGGCUAGGGACAUGAAGAGGCUUGAAGACAAGGACAAGGAAAGAAAAAACGUAAAGGGUAUUCGAGAUGACAUUGAAGAGGAAGAUGACCAAGAAGCUUAUUUUCGAUACAUGGCAGAAAAUCCAACUGCUGGUGUGGUUCAGGAGGAGGAGGAAGAUAAUCUGGAGUAUGAUAGUGAUGGAAAUCCGAUUGCACCUUCCAAAAAAAUCAUUGAUCCUCUUCCUCCCAUCGAUCAUUCAGAGAUUGACUACCCACCAUUUGAAAAAAAUUUUUACAACGAGCAUGAAGAGAUAACCAACCUCACCCCACAGCAGUUAAUAGAUCUCCGGCAUAAGCUCAAUCUUCGGGUCUCUGGUGCUGCACCUCCUAGACCAGGAAGCAGUUUUGCGCAUUUUGGGUUUGAUGAACAACUCAUGCACCAGAUUCGGAAAUCUGAGUACACACAGCCUACUCCAAUACAGUGUCAGGGAGUGCCUGUGGCAUUAAGUGGUAGAGACAUGAUUGGUAUUGCCAAAACAGGCAGUGGGAAAACUGCAGCCUUUAUAUGGCCCAUGUUGAUUCACAUAAUGGACCAGAAGGAAUUGGAACCAGGUGAUGGACCAAUUGCAGUGAUUGUGUGUCCUACUAGAGAGCUUUGUCAGCAGAUCCAUGCAGAAUGUAAGCGGUUUGGCAAAGCGUAUAACCUUCGGUCGGUGGCUGUGUAUGGAGGAGGGAGCAUGUGGGAACAGGCCAAGGCCCUUCAGGAAGGGGCAGAGAUUGUUGUAUGCACUCCCGGGCGACUGAUUGAUCAUGUGAAAAAGAAAGCUACCAAUCUUCAAAGAGUGUCUUACCUUGUGUUUGAUGAAGCAGAUCGAAUGUUUGACAUGGGUUUUGAGUACCAGGUGCGCUCCAUAGCGAGUCACGUCCGUCCUGACAGACAGACUCUCCUAUUCAGUGCAACUUUCCGAAAAAAGAUUGAAAAGCUGGCCAGAGAUAUCUUGAUGGAUCCUAUUCGAGUGGUGCAGGGAGAUAUUGGAGAGGCCAACGAAGAUGUCACCCAGAUUGUGGAGAUUCUCCACUCGGGGCCUAGUAAAUGGAACUGGCUAACUCGGCGCCUGGUGGAGUUCACCUCUUCGGGAAGUGUCCUCUUGUUUGUUACCAAAAAAGCCAACGCUGAAGAGCUAGCCAGUAACCUGAAGCAGGAGGGUCAUAAUCUUGGGCUGCUCCAUGGGGACAUGGAUCAGAGUGAAAGAAACAAAGUCAUUUCAGACUUUAAGAAAAAAGACAUCCCAGUCCUAGUGGCCACAGAUGUUGCAGCUCGUGGUCUGGAUAUCCCUGCAAUUAAGACUGUUAUUAACUAUGAUGUGGCACGAGACAUCGAUACCCACACUCAUAGGAUUGGCCGCACAGGACGAGCUGGUGAAAAGGGUGUGGCCUAUACCUUGCUGACCCCCAAGGACAGCAAUUUUGCUGGCGAUCUUGUCCGGAACCUGGAAGGAGCCAAUCAGCACGUUUCCAAGGAACUCCUAGAUCUGGCCAUGCAGAAUGCUUGGUUUCGGAAAUCCCGCUUCAAAGGUGGAAAAGGCAAAAAGCUCAACAUUGGAGGUGGAGGCCUAGGAUAUCGGGAGCGGCCUGGCCUGGGCUCCGAGAACACGGACCGAGGAAGUAACAACAAUGUCAUGAGCAAUUACGAAGCUUACAAGCCCUCCACAGGAGCGAUGGGAGAUCGGCUGACCGCAAUGAAAGCAGCCUUUCAGUCCCAGUAUAAGAGUCACUUUGUGGCUGCCAGUCUAACCAAUCAGAAGGCUGGAAGCUCUGCUGCAGGGGCAAGCGGAUGGACUAGUGCAGGCAGUUUGAAUUCUGUUCCAACCAAUUCAGCCCAGCAAAGCCACAGCAGCCCUGACAGCCCCCUCACCAGUGCUGCCAAGGGCAUCCCAGGCUUUGGCAAUACAGGGAACAUCAGCAGUGCCCCAGUGACCUACCCUUCUGCUGGAGCGCAGGGAAUCAACAACACAACUUCAGGGAAUAACAGCCGCGAAGGGAUUGGGGGUGGCAAUGGGAAAAGAGAGAGAUACACUGAGAACCGGGGGGGAAGCCGCCAUAGUCAUGGAGAGAGUGGCAAUCGGCAUGGCGACAGCCCGCGGCAUGGUGACGGUGGUCGCCAUGGAGAAGGAUAUCGCUACCCAGAAAGUGGUGGCCGUCAUGCUGAUGGCCAUCGGCAUGGGGAGAACAGGCACCGACACGGGGAAAGCCGGGGUGCAAACGAUGGGCGCAAUGGUGAAAGCAGGAAAGAAGGUUGUAAUCGUGAGAGCAGGAUGGACCCCAAGAUGGACAGCAGCAAGACGGACAACAAGAUGGACAGCAAGACAGAUAAGACAGCUGAUGGUUUUGCUGUCCCUGAGCCACCCAAACGCAAGAAGAGUCGAUGGGACAGUUAGAGGGUAUGUGUGGAAACAUGAAAUGCUCAUCUUUAAUUUUAUUUUUAGAAAGUCUGGUAACUAUGUGUCUCAGGGCUGUUUUAGAGCCCAAGAUGUCAGAACGUUCUACUCCUUAGUGGAGAGCUGGAGCUUGGAGACAUUACCCUUUCAUCUGAAUUACUUUUCUGAGAUUUCUUAGGAAGCCGUUUUGGUCCUUGGAAGCAAUGAGAGCUGGGCAGCGUUUGGCUCUGGAUGUGUUGUCAGGAGGGUCAGUAGAGGGUAUCUUGAAAGGAGCCUUAAAGCUCAUUCUGGGUUUAUAUUACACGUAGCUUGUAUUUUCCACUAAAAUCCCACCUUGUAAACAUCUACCAACAGAAUUCUUUUCCUAACCGUGUCAGUCCCUUUUUAGGAGUUGGCUUCUUCAAAAGCCGUGAGGUUAGUGAUGAGGACAGAAGCAGUUUGGUGGCUCCAGGCAUUGUGGGACAGGGAAAUGUCUGAUUCUAAGUGGGGUGGAUGCUCCGGUUCCCCUGCUAGGCUUGUGUCCAGCCCUGAGACACAGAGGUGGCAGGCAGCAGCCUUUCCUCCAGAUGGAGGCCUUGAGGUUCUAAGCUGCUCUGACUAAAUGCCAGAACUGGCCCUGGAAACUGCUCCAAGGUCACUCUGGUCUGCGAUGUGUUGCAAAUUUAAACAUCUUAAAAACACAAGACAAAGAACAGCUUUUAAGGUGUCUUCAUUUCAUUGUUUUUUUUGUUUGUUUUUUAACUUGCCACAUGGUAGAAAAAUCUUUUGCUGAAAUAAUUUUGAUGAUUUUUGUUCUAGUUUAUACAAGGAAAAGAAAUAUACAAAACUCAAAUUUCGUGACUUUGUGAAGGUUUCUUUAAAAUGUGCAUUCCUUUCUGCUUGCUCUAGUAAACGUUUUACUACUGGGA